CAACAGGUUUCCAUUACCUGAUGCUGUAGCCAAGAUGCUGCCUGGGAAAGACAACAGGCCAGUCAUUGAAGAGAUCCAGGAUCUGGAAAUAGACAAUUACCGCACAGCCAUGAAAAAAAUGGCGGAUGACAUCGUGUCUUUGCGCCAACAUAUUUCCACACUGGAGAGGGAAAACAGUGCGUUGAGACGCAACCUUGCCUUGCAUGAAGAUAUUGGGCGCGCUCUUCUCCAGGACAUUGAUCUGGAUGUUAUGACCAAGGCAGAAAUAGUCGACAGAAUAUUGGUCCUCAAGCAAAAAUUAUCUUCUGGGGCUCGGGAGAUGGCCAGGAUGAAGGAUCGGAUACAAAGACUGCAAAACGAAUUGAUUCGGAAAAAUGACCGAGAAAAAGACUUGGUGAUGUUGCAGAAAGCUCACCAACAACAGCAGAUGGUACUUCGAAAAUAUCAAGCCAAGAUCGCCAGGAUGCAAACUCUUGAGGAUGCCGUCAAACAGCAGGAAAAGGUAAUCGAGAGGAUGGAGAGGAUGCUGGAAGGGAAGGUGAAGGAACGGAUCAAAGAAGCCUCAUUCGGGGAGUUAUCCAAAACGGCUGGUGACAAUUGGACCAAAGAUGUCUACUCCACCCUAUUGAUGGAGAACAUGAGGCUACGGGAUGAACUGGGGAAAUCUUCUUUUCGUUCACCCAUCAUAUUGCAACAGCAAGCAUUACCAGACACAUUUUCAUCCAGCUCAGAAAAGCUCUCGUUGAUUUCAAAGCUGGAGAAGGCUGAGGCACGCAUCCUUGCCUUGGAACACCAGCUGGUGGACUCUGCCAAGAGUUGGGGGCGAGACAAGCAGAAUUACAACACUCGUCAGCUUGAAAAUGACCUUGGAUUUGACCGAUCGCCAUCCUCGUUUAUAGUUCAUGAUAUUUUUCCGGACGAGAAGGAAAGGAGAGCGGAUGAAGAGGAGAAGUACAAAAAAUCAGGGAACGUCAUACAAAAGUAGCUCGUCAAGGGGCUGAAUCUCCUUAGAGAAACCGCAUUAAAUUAACACAACUCAAGAGCCAUUGGAAUCCACCGCCUUUGACUUAAGUCUGGGAAGAAACUCUGGAAUUCUACCUGCUGCAGCAGAACAAAAUCUCUAUCGCGAAAUAUAUACCGUUAUAUACCUCUUUCCUGGAGAGAUGAGCUGAAUACAGACUUCUCUGUAAAACUACCUUAUAGUCUUGGUGCCUGUUAUGUAAAUUUUGUACGGUACCUAAGGC